CAGCAGCAGCAGCAGACGUCGGCAAACAUGAAGCUUCUGAUCGUCCUGAGUGCUGUCGUGGCCGUGGCCCUGGCCAAGCCCGGCUUCCUGGGGGCGGGCGUCGCCGCCCCCGCCUACGCCGCAGGCCUCGCUGCCGCCGUCCAGCCCGCUCCCGUCUACGUGGGCGGCAUCCACCCCGGCCUCGCCGCCUACGGCCCGGCCAACAUCGUAGUCGGUCCCGGCGGCUACAACCUGGACACCCCUGACGUGGCCGCCGCCAGGGGCGCCCACCUGGCCGCCGUCGCCCAGACGAGGGCCCGUGACGCCGCCAUCAACGGCGCCGCCCUCGCCGCCGCCUCCGCCGCCGCCUACGGCGCCUACGGCGCCUACGCCGCCCCCGCUGUGGUCGCUGCUCCCGCUGUUGCUGCCGUCGCCCCUGCUGUCUAUGGUGGACCUGGAGCUGCCUUCCUGGCUGCCAAGGCAGCUUACCAUGGUUAACCUGACUCCGCUGGACAACCAUUCCGUUUUAUAUGACACUGGAACAGAUUUAUAUUGGCAUCCGAGAUUCCACAGCACAGACAAGAGGCUAAUAUAUACUGGUUUCUGUACAUAAUAAAUUAAAACUAGUAAAUUAUUUUUUUACAAGUAA